ACCGGCAGAUGUCAGCUUCACUCCUCGGCGUGUUGUUCCCGGCUCUCUGACUGCUUGCUCAGUCAGUGCUCGGCUCUACUGGAGGGAUGCUCACCGACCGACUGGGAAAACGAGGAGCUCUGCGCUAAGCUUUUUUGUUUGUUGUUGGUUUUUUUUCCUCCUUUGGUGUGUGUGUGUAUGUUAAGCGGGGAAAGAAUGGCCACCGGGCGGCACUGAAGCAGCGGGAGCGGCGGACCGAGGCGUCCCGUGUAACCUUAUGGAUGUACGUGGAGGCCGCCCGCCCGGAGCUCCUCGACGCGCCGCUGCACUCCUCCUCUCUGAAUCCGGGCCAAGUGUUUUGCAGUGACCGCUACUUGGCUGCACGUAAAAUGGGUCGCUGGAGGUGCUAGCGGGAUCAUCCGGCGGCUAGCAAAGGGACAGACCCUCCGUACGCUGGACCUCCCGAUCUGCUUCGACCGUGGAAGCGAUUUGUGGCGUGAUGGUGUCCGAAUCGUCGCGACUACCGAAGCGAGGGCGAGCUUCGUCCUGAGCAAGCCUCUCAAGAUGAACAUGAUGAAAAGGAUCAUGGGGCGGCCGCGUCAGGAGGAGUGCAGCCCACAGGACAAUGCCUUGGGCCUGAUGCACCUGCGGCGCCUCUUCUCCGAACUCUGCCACCCUCCCCGUCACAUGACGCAGAAGGAGCAGGAGGAGAAGCUCUACAUGAUGCUGCCCGUCUUCAACAGGGUUUUUGGGAAUGCGGCUCCCAGCAGCAUGACGGAGAAAUUCUCGGACCUGCUGCAGUUCACCACGCAGGUGUCCCGCCUCAUGGUGACCGAGAUCAGGCGUAGGGCCUCCAACAAAUCCACCGAAGCGGCCAGCCGAGCCAUCGUGCAAUUCCUGGAGGUGAACCAGAGCGAGGAGGCCAGUCGCGGCUGGAUGCUCCUCACCACCAUCAACCUGUUGGCCUCCUCGGGACAGAAAACGGUGGACUGCAUGACAACUAUGUCUGUGCCAUCCACGCUGGUCAAAUGUCUCUACCUGUUCUUUGACCUCCCACACAUGGUGGAGGCCCCAGUAGGCCCCGCCGCGCCCCCUCCCACCUCGCCGCCGGCCUCCCAGGACAAGACGUCCGGCCCGGCCCAGCCCCCCGCGGAGCUGCCCCCGGCCGACCGCCGGGCGCUGCUACAGAAAGUCUUUGUCCAGAUCCUGGUGAAGUUGUGCACGUUUGUGUCCCCGGCGGAGGAGCUGGCCCAGAAGGACGACCUGCACCUGCUGUUCAGUGCCAUCACGUCCUGGUGCCCGCCGCACAACCUGCCCUGGAGGCGGAGCGCCGGAGACGUGCUCACCACCAUCUCGCGACACGGACUCAGCGUCAACGUGGUCAAAUACAUCCACGAGAAGAAAUGCCUGUCCACGUGCGUUCAGAACAUGCAGCAGUCGGACGAUCUUUCACCGCUGGAGAUCGUGGAGAUGUUUGCAGGCCUGUCCUGCUUCCUCAAGGACUCCAGCGACGUGUCGCAGACGCUGCUGGACGACUUCCGCAUGUGCCAGGGCUACAACUUUCUGUGUAACCUCAUGCUCAGGCUGGAGCAGGCCAAGGAGGACGAAUCCAGGGACGCCCUGAAGGACCUGGUCAACCUGGUGACCCGCCUGACCACCUACGGUGUGACGGAGCUGAAACCGGCCGGCCUGACCACCGGGGCGCCCUUCUUGCUGCCGGGAUUCGUCCUCCCUCAGCCAUCAGCCAAAGGGCAGACGGUGCGCAACAUCCAGGCCUUCUCGGUGCUGCAGAACGCCUUCCUGCAGGCCAAGAGCGGGCGGCUGGCCUGCACGCUACUGGAUGCGGUGGGCGCCGUCUACGCCGCCGACCCGGCCAACUACUUCAUCCUGGAGUCGCAGCACACGCUGUCGCAGUUCGCCGAGCGCGUGGCCCGCCUGCCCGAGGAGGCGCAGGUCAAAUAUUUCCAGCUUCUGGAUUUUGUGGUCUUCAGCCUCAACUACGUGCCCUGCAAGGAGCUGUUCAGCGUCAGCGUGCUGCUCAAGGCCAGCGCCUCGCACGCCUGCAGCAUGACGGCCGUGCGCGCCCUCCUCAGGAUGGCCCGCCACGACCCCGUCUUUGCCGACGUGCUGCGGGAGGUGGGGCUGUUGGAGGUGCUGGUCAACCUGCUGCACAAAUACGCCGCCCUCCUCAAGGACCCCGCCACCCAGCAGCAGCAGCAGCAGCAGCACAACGACCAGGCCGAGUGUAAGAACAACGCGGUGGCCGAGGAGCAGAAGCAGCUGGCCUGGCUAGUCAUGGAGACGCUCACCGUGCUCCUGCAAGGCUCGCACGCCAUCAACACCAACGCAGCCUUGUUUCGUGAGUUUGGGGGCGCACGCUGCGUGCACAACAUCGUCAAGUACCGGCAGUGCCGCGAGCACGCGCUGCUCAUCAUCCGGCAGCUGGUGCUGUCGCCCAGCGGCGACGACGACAUGGGAACGCUGCUGGGGCUCAUGCACUCGGCGCCGCCUGCCGAACUGCAGCUCAAGACGGACAUACUCCGGGCCUUGCUGUCCGUGCUGCGUGAGAGCCACCGCACGCGGACGGUCUUCCGCAAGGUGGGCGGCUUCGUGUACGUGACGUCGCUGCUGGUGGCCACGGAGCGCUCGCUUUGUCCGGGUCAGCCGCCACGCACCCCCUCCCACGCCGCCCAGAACCAGAACCAAGUCUUUGAGCUGCUGUGCACCGUCUUCUGCACGCUCACUGCCGCCAUGCGGUACGAGCCCGCCAACUCGCACUUCUUCCGCACCGAGAUCCAGUACGAGAAGCUGGCCGACGCCGUCAGGCUGCUGGGCUGUUUCUCGGACACCAAGAAGCUGGGCCCCACCGCCGUCUUCCCGUCCAACUCGGAGCCCUUCCAGAGGCUUCUGGAGGAUGAGGCCGCCCCCGGCGGAGACGGUGUGUGUCCCACCCUCAGACACUGCGCCAAGCUCUUCAUCUACUUGUACAAAAUGGCCACCGACUCCUUUGACAGGCACGGCUACAACAAUUCAUCGGCCCCCCCGGCGCCAGUCAAGCUUCUGACAGAGCUGAAACUGCACUCCUCCAAUCCCGUCCAUUCAACCCCCCCCUCCUCCUGCUCCUCCUCCUCGGGGGGCGACAUGGUGGUCAUCCACCCGGGUGCCGUGCUGGCCAUGGUGGACCUGCUGCCGUCCGUCUCCUCGGAAAGCCAGCCUGAGCACGCUUUGGACCUGCAGCUGGCGGUGGCCAACAUCCUUCAGCUGCUGGUGAGCAGCGAGCGGAACCAGCAGGUCCUGUGCGAGGCGUCCCUGCACCAACGUCUGCUACAGCGAUGCAGUCAGGCGCUGGGCGACGAGGACCACCCACUGCACCCGCCGCUGCAGCGCAUGUUUGAGAGGCUGGCCUCGCAGGCACUGCAACCCGCCGCGCUCAGGGAGUUCCUGCGUCUGGGCAACCCGCUCAACUGCGGCGCCUGGGACAAGAAGCUGCUCAAGCAGUACCGCAUGCACAAGCCCAGCUCGCUCAGCUACGACUCCGACCCGCGAGGCAACAUGACGACGUCGAUGGAGGGCUUCGGCACCGACGGCGUGUUUGCCACACCAGGCGAGGACGGCGGCCAGCAGGCUGGCCAGUACCGGAUCAGCCGGAGCCUGGUGCGCUCGGCCGAGGCCAGUGCCGUGCCGCUCACCCGCGUCAAGUGUUUGGUCUCCAUGACAACGCCGCAUGACAUUCGCUUGCACGGCUGCGCCGACACGCCCGCCUACGUCGAGUUCGACGCCUCGCUCGAGGGAUUCGGGUGUUUGUUCCUGCCCAGCCUGGCUCCUCACAACGCGCCGGGCAACAACAGCAACUCGUCAGGCAUCGGCGACGGCGACGUCAUCAGCGGCUUGGGCACAGGAGAGCGUUUGUUCCCCCCACCGUCGGGCCUGAGCUACUCCAGCUGGUUCUGCGUGGAGCGCUUCAGCACGCCGCCGCAUAGCCACCCGGUGCGCUUGCUGACGGUGGUGCGGCGCGCCACGUCCUCGGAGCAGCACUUUGUGUGCCUGGCCGUGGUGCUGUCGGCCAAAGACCGCUCGCUCACCGUCUCCACCAAGGAGGAGCUGCUGCAGACCUACUCGGACGAGUCCAGCGAGGAGGCGUCUUUCUACGAGAUCCUUCCCUGCUGUGCCCGAUUCCGCUGUGGCGAGCUGAUUGCCGAGGGCCAGUGGCACCACCUGGUGUUGGUCAUGAGCAAGGGCAUGCUCAAGAACAGCAUGGCCUCGCUCUACCUGGACGGACAGCUCGUCAACACCGUCAAGCUCCACUACGUGCACAGCGUGCCCGGGGGCUCGGGCUCGACCAACCCCCCAGUGGCCAGCACGGUGUACUGCUACGUGGGUACGCCCCCCGCCCAGCGCCAGCUGUCAAGCCUGGUGUGGCGUCUGGGGCCGUGCCACUUCCUGGAGGAGGCGCUGCCCGCCGCCAGCGUGGCCGCCAUCUUCGAGCUGGGCCCGACCAACGUGGGCAGCCUGCAGGCCGUCGACCUGCUCUGUAAGGAGUCCAAGGCGGAGGUGGCGCCGCCGCCCGCCCCGGUGGCCCUGGUGCCAGAGGAGAAGGUGUCCUUCAGCCUGUUUGCCGUCUCUGUGUCCACGUUGACCGUGGCCAAGAUCAGGAAGGUCUACAACAAGCUGGACAGCAAGGCCAUCGCCAAACAGCUGGCCGUGUCCUCCCACGAAAACGCCACGCCAGUCAAACUGAUCCACAACGCGGCCGGCCACCUCAAUGGACCCGCCCGCACGAUCGGCGCCGCUGUCAUCGGCUAUUUGGGGGUGCGCGCCUUCUCGCCCCAGCCGGUUGCCACCAUCCUACAAUACGUCGGCGGGGCAGCGGCCAUUUUGGGUCUGGUCGCAAUGGCGUCGGACGUGGAGGGUCUGUACGCUGCCGUCAAGGCGCUGGUCUGCGUGGUGAAGAGCAACCCGCUGGCCAGCAAGGAGAUGGAGCGUAUCAAGGGAUACCAGCUGCUGGCCAUGCUGCUGAAGAAGAAACGCUUGCUGCUCAACAGCCACAUCCUGCACCUCACCUUCUCCCUGGUGGGUACGGUGGACAGCGGGCACGAGACCUCCAUCAUUCCCAACUCCACCGCCUUCCAGGACCUCCUCUGCGAUUUUGAGGUGUGGCUGCACGCCCCUUAUGAGCUUCACCUCUCCCUCUUUGAGCAUUUCAUUGAGCUUCUGACCGAGUCCAGCGAGGCGGCAAAGAACGGCAGGCUGCUACGUGAGUUCCAGCUGGUGCCCAGGCUGCUGCUGACGCUGCGCGACACGUCGCUAUCGCAGCCCACCGUGGCCGCUAUCAGCAACGUGCUCAGCCUGCUGCUGCAGGGCUUCCCUAACCCCCUUGACCUGCUCAGGUUCGGUCAGUUCCUGUCGUCCACGCUGCCCACGUUCGCCGUUUGCGAGAAGUUUGUGGUGAUGGAGAUCAACAACGACGAGAAGACGGACGCGGGCAGCGAGGAGGACUUUGGCGGCCUGCUGUCGCCCAACCUCAUCCUGUUGCGCAACAGGCUGCUGGACAACCUGCUGAGGCUGCUCUUCACCACCAAGGACAAGACGGUCGUCAACGCCCAGGCCUGCGAGGACCUGGUGCGCACUCUCGGCCUGGACUGGCUGCUGAUGUUCAUGGAGGAGCACCUCCACUCCAGCACGGUGGCGGCGGCCCUGUGGAUCCUCACCGUGCUUCUGUCCAACCCGGCCGUCUUGCACCGCUUCAAGGAGGGGGCUUGCGGCGGCGGCUGGCUGGACCACACCGACUCGGUGCUCACCAACAAGAUCGGCACCGUGCUGGGCUUCAACGUGGGCCGCAGCGCCGGCGGGCGCUCCACCGUGCGGGAGAUCAACCGCGACGCCUGCCACUUCCCGGGCUUCCCGGUGCUGCAGACGCUGCUGCCCAAGCACACCAACGUGCCCGAGCUCUACUUCCUGCUGAUGGCGCUCUUCCUGCAGCAGCCCGUCACCGAGCUGCCGGACAGCCUGCAGGUACAUUUGGACCUGGACUCCAUGUGGACGUUCAUCUUUGGGGUGCCGGCGUCCAGCGCCACGGCGGUGGGCUCCAUCCACAGUGUAUGCACAGAGGCCGCUUUCCUCCUGCUCGCUAUGCUGCGCAGCAUGCUCAACCUGCCGUGGCAGUCGGAGGAGGAGGGCUCGUGGCUGCGAGAGUACCCGGUGACGCUGAUGCAGUUCUUCCGCUACCUGUACCACAACGUCCCCGACCUGGCCCCCAUGUGGCACGGUCCCGACUUCCUGUGCGCUCUGGCCGCCACAGUCUUCCCCUUCAACAUGAGGCCGUACUCUGAGAUGGUGAGCGACCUGGACGACGAGGCGGGCUCACCCAUCGAGGAGCUGAAGGCGUUCGGCUCGGACUCGGGCAUGAACCGCAGCCAGUCCGAGUACUGCAACGUGGGCUCCAAGACCUCGCUCACCAACCACCCGGCCAAGAAGUAUGUCUUGGACUUUAUGAGGGCGCUCAUCAUGGACAACAUGUGUAUCACGCCCGCCGCCAAGCAGACGCCCGUCAUCGACCUGCUGCUAGAGGCAUCCCCGGAGCGUUCCACCAGAACUCAGCAGAAGGAGUUCCAGUCCAACAUCCUGGACGGCGUGAUGGAGCACCUUCUGGCUGCUGACGUUCUGCUGGGCGAGGAUUCGUCCCUGCCGCUUAGCGGCGGCGGCAGCUACCAGAUCCUGGUGUACAACGUCUUCUACUUCUGCCAGCGCGUGGUGGACAAGCUGUGGCAGGGCAUGUUCAACAAGGACUCCAAGUUGGUGGUGGACUUCAUCGUGCAGCUCAUCGGACAGUCCAAGAGGCGGUCUCAGGGUCUCUCCCUGGACGUGCUGUACCACUGCCUAAACCGCACGGUGCUCUACCAGCUGUGCCGUCCGCACAAGACUGUGGCGCAGCAGGUGGCGCUGUUGGACGCGCUACGAGUUCUCACCGUUAAUCGCAACCUGGUGCUGGGCCCCGGCAACCACGACCAGGACUUUGUGGCCUGCCUGUCGCACUGCUUCAUCUGCUUGCACGCCGGCAGCAGCGUGGAGGGCUUUGGCCUGGAGGCGGAAGCCCGUAUGACCACGUGGCACGUUAUGAUUUCGCCAGAAAACGAGAGCGACGCAACACACAACCACGACGUCAGCGAAGGGCGCCAGCUUUUGUUGAAGGCGGUGAACCGCGUGUGGACGGAGCUGAUGCACAGCAAGCGUCAGAUGCUCGAGGACAUCUUCAAGGUGUCCCUGCCCUGCAACGACCGCGGCCACGUUGACAUCGUCACGGCCCGACCCGCCCUGGAGGAGCCCGCGCUCAAGAGCUGGCAAAACCACCUGGUCCACGAGAAGAAGUGCAUCAGCCGCGGUGAGGCGGCGGCACCGGCGGUGGCGACCCAGUCCAAACUGUCACGGGUCAGCAGCGGUUUCGGCCUGUCCAAGCUGACGGGCGUGCGCCGCCACAAGAAGGAGAACAGCCUGAGCAAGAGCAGCCUCUCAGCACAGGCCAGCGAAGCUUUCCAGUGGAUGUUCACGCACAUCGCCGUGGUGAGAGACCUGGUGGCCAUGCAGUACAAAGAACACCAAGAGCGGCAGCAGAACGCGCUUAAGUACGUGACGGAGGAGUGGGCGUCCAUCGAGUACGAGCUUCUCCGCGAGCGAGGGCUGUGGGGGCCACCCAUCGGCUCCCACCUGGACAAGUUCGUGUUGGAGAUGACGGAGGGCCCGUGCCGCAUGCGCAAAAAGAUGGUGCGCAACGACAUGUUCUACAUCCACUACCCUUACAUCCCUGACACGGAAAACACCACCAAUUCGGCACAGAAACCGGUGCGCUACCGUCGUGCCAUCAGCGCAGACAGCAAAGAGUACUACAUGCGCCUUCUGUCGGGCAACCCCGGGAUGUACCAACACUCGGUGGAGCACAGCAGCGAGGGCGAGACCACGCAGCACGAACCCGAACACGGCGAGGACACCAUCGCAAGGGUCAAAGGUCUGGUGAAAGCGCCGCUGAAGCGCUCUCGGUCAACGGCGGACGGCGGCGACGAGGAUGCUCAGGAUCAGAUCCAGGAUCAGCUGAUAGAGUCCGGGGGACCCGAGGAGGAGCAGCAGCAGCGUACUGACAACACCGCUCUGCUGCGACUGCUGGAGGAGGGGGAGAAGAUCCAGCACAUGUACCGCUGCGCCCGCGUUCAGGGUCUGGACACCAGCGAGGGUUUGCUGCUCUUUGGAAAAGAGCACUUCUACGUCAUUGAUGGCUACACCAUGACCGUGUCCAGAGAGAUCAGAGACAUUGACACGCUGCCGCCCAACUUGCACGAGGCCAUCAUCCCCAGAGGUGCACGGCAGGGUCAAAGUCAGCUGAAGCGGACGUGCAGCAUCUUCGCCUACGAGGACAUCAAGGAGGUGCACAAGCGACGUUACCUGCUGCAGCCGAUGGCAGUGGAAGUGUUCUCCGCCGAUGGGAGGAACUACCUACUGGCUUUCCAGAAAGGGGUGCGGAACAAAGUCUAUCAAAGGUUCUUGGCAGUGGUACCGUCGCUGGCUGACAGCUCCGAGUCGGUAUCGGGACAAAGACCAAACACAAGCGUAGAACAAGGGUCUGGUCUCCUCAGCACUUUGGUGGGUGAGAAGUCUGUGACUCAGCGUUGGGAGCGAGGGGAGAUCAGUAACUUUCAAUACCUGAUGCACCUCAACACUCUGGCGGGACGCUCCUACAACGACCUGAUGCAAUACCCCGUCUUCCCCUGGAUCCUGGCCGACUUUGACUCCGAGGAGUUGGAUCUGAACAACCCCAAGACCUUCCGCAAUCUCGCCAAGCCCAUGGGGGCGCAGACGGACGACAGAUUGACGCAGUACAAGAAGCGAUACAAAGACUGGGAGGACCCCAAUGGCGAAACACCCGCCUACCACUACGGUACACACUACUCGUCUGCCAUGAUCGUGGCCUCCUACCUGGUGCGCAUGGAGCCUUUCACGCAGAUUUUCCUUAGACUUCAGGGUGGCCAUUUUGACCUGGCCGACCGGAUGUUCCACAGCGUGCGCGAGGCCUGGCUGUCGGCCGCCAAGCACAACAUGGCCGACGUUAAGGAGCUCAUCCCUGAGUUUUUUUACCUGCCAGAGUUCCUGCUCAACUCCAACAACUUUGAUCUGGGUGCCAAGCAGAACGGCACCAAGCUGGGCGACGUCAUCCUGCCUCCCUGGGCCAAGGGCGACCCCCGGGAGUUCAUUCGGGUUCACAGAGAGGCGCUGGAGUGCGAGUUUGUGUCAGCGCACCUCCACGAGUGGAUCGACCUGAUCUUCGGCUACAAGCAGCAAGGUCCUCCUGCCGUGGAGGCCGUCAACGUUUUCCACCAUCUCUUCUACGAGGGCCAGGUGGACAUUUAUAACAUCAACGACCCUCUCAAAGAGACCGCCACCAUCGGAUUCAUCAACAACUUUGGGCAGAUCCCCAAGCAGCUGUUUAAGAAGCCCCACCCGCCUAAACGGGUGCGCAGCAAAGCUAACGGCGACCCCGCCAAUGUUCCUCCGAGCUCCACCGGGGAGAAGAUCUUCUUUUACCACCUGGACAACCUCAGACCCUCACUGGCCCCCGUCAAAGAGCUGAAGGAGCCUGUUGGUCAGAUAGUUUGCACCGACAAAGGCAUCCUCGCCGUGGAGCAGAACAAAGUGCUGACUCCGCCGACGUGGAACAAGACUUUUGCGUGGGGCUACGCCGACCUCAGCUGCCGCCUGGCCAACUACGAGUCAGAUAAGGCUUUAGUGGUGUAUGAGUGUUUGUCCGAGUGGGGUCAGAUCUUGUGCGCCAUCUGCCCCAACCCCAAGCUGAUGAUCACGGGCGGCACCAGCACAGCCAUCUGCGUUUGGGAGACUGGCACAUCCAAAGAGCGAGCCAAGACGCUCACGCUCAAGCAGGCACUGCUGGGUCACACGGACGCCGUCACGUGUCUGACAGCCUCGUCCGCUUACCACAUUGUGGUGAGCGGCUCUCGGGACAGAACCUGCAUCGUGUGGGACCUCAACAAGCUUUCCUUUGUCACGCAACUACGAGGACACCGCGCCCCCGUCUCCGCGCUCUGCAUCAACGAACUCACGGGUGACAUUGUGUCAUGCGCGGGCACGUACAUCCAUGUGUGGAGCAUCAACGGCAGCCCCAUCGCCAGCGCCAACACCUUCACGGGACGCAGCCAGAGCAUCACGUGCUGCUGCGUAUCAGAGAUGAACGAGUGGGACACACACAACGUCAUCGUCACAGGACACUCGGACGGCGUGGUCAGGUUCUGGAGGAUGGAGUUCCUCCAGGUCCCAGAGACCCCCGCCCCCAUACCCGUCGAGCCCGAUGUUACCGACUGCUGCGGGGACGACAAACUCGAAGGCGGCGACGAGGACAGCAGCGACUCAGACGGAGAAGAGGCAAGAGGAGCAGGAAGUGGUCUCAGUCAGGAAAACAAAGCAGCAUGCAACCCGUCUAGUCAGCCGGGAAGCCAACCGGGCAGCACCGUACACAGACCCAGAGGGCCAUCCGCCAGAGGCGGCGCGGCAUGGUCGAUGGACAGCGGCUCGGACGACUCUCGCCGUUGGUCUGACAGCUUGAGCAUCGAUGAAAAGGACGGCUUUGUGUUUGUCAACUACUCGGAGGGCCAACACAAGGGCGCGCAUCCUCACCAUGUGCACCCCCAUGGUCUCAACAGUGCCAACACUCAGCCGGCGCACCCGCCUUCCGCCGAGGCGCGCGCCUUCAACCAGCUCAGAGCAGGCUACAGGUGGGAGCGACAGCUGGUCUUCCGCAGCAAACUCACCAUGCACACGGCGUUCGACCGCAAGGACAACGCGCACCCCGCCGAGAUCAGCGCGCUCGCCAUAUCCAAGGACCACAGUAAGAUCCUGGUGGGCGACGGGCGCGGUCGGGUCUUCAGCUGGUCAGUGAGCGACCAGCCGGGGCGCUCAGCCGCCGACCACUGGGUGAAGGACGAGGUGGUGGACAGCUGCUCGGGGUGCGCCGUGCGAUUCUCCCUCACCGAGAGGCGUCACCACUGCCGCAAUUGCGGACAGCUCUUUUGUCAAAAGUGCAGCCGCUUCCAGUCGGAGAUCAAGCGGCUGAAGAUCUCGUCGCCGGUGCGCGUGUGCCAUAAUUGCUACUGCAACCUGCAGCACGAGCGCGCCGCCAACGACGAGCACAAGAACUGAGCGCGCCCCCGCCAUCUUUGUCGUCGUCAUACUUAAGGUGUUAAUAGUGUACAUAUACAUGUAAUCGCGGCCUUUUGAACGACCGCAACAAAUGUAAGAUAGCGGCUAGCAGGUGGACGUCAAAGAAAUGUGAAUGUCACUCAUGAAGAAUAGUGUCACUCGUUCUGCAAAAUUUGGCCACUUUUUUUUUGCUGCUGCUUUCUGAAGAGACUGGAUGAACAUGUUGGAAUAUCACAUCUUAUAUCUUGAAAUAACUUUCAUAUGAAUAAUGUCUGGUCAAUCUUGAGUUGGUGUACAGGAUUUUCUACCAAAAGGGAUUUACUUCUCUGUGUGUAUGUUGUUGUUUUUAAUAGAAAGAUAUCAUUUGUUGCCCGCACCCGCAAGCGUGAUCAUCAUGUCAUGACGUAUUAUGGCAAAAACAAACAUGGUCCAGAUGCUGCUUUGGUUGCAAACAGCAGGAAUGUAAACAACAUUUAAACACAUCGUUAAUUGGGUGUUUGUUUUUUUCCCCCAUGUUUUGAACCUGGUUCCAACUGCGAGUGGCAAUAACAAUACAUCAGAAAUGUACAUGGAAAAAAAAGCUUGAAAUUAGUGAAAAGUAAAAUACAAUUUUGGAGGAUUUUUUUUAAAAAAAAUUUAAAACAAGAUUUUGACUCUGGCAAAAGAAACCCGGAUUGUACUUUUUUGUAUAAUGUGCUAAAAAAGAAUUUUUUAAAAUAUAAAUUCCUCUCAGACAGUUACCAUUUUGUGACUUUAAUCUCAUUAUAACCAUUUUCCUCCUAAAAAAAAAUCCUUAAUUCAAUCAGAAUAUUUUGCCUUUUUUUGUUUAUGUAACUUUAGAGUGUUGUCUAAAAACAGUGGAGUCUUCGUAUUCCAAAUUAUUUCUUGAAAAAGAGAAAGACUAUUUGUGUACUUCUGUUGUCAUUUUGUUGCAAUGUUAACUUGUUUACUCAAAAUUGCAACAUAUUUCCUAAUAAGAAAAUCCGACUUUUUUCUUUAUUUCCCCAUCAAAUAUAUAUAUUUUUCAUUUCUGACGUUCAUUUCCCUCCCCGCACCUUUGGAAACCUGACCACUAGAGGUCGCCAAAUCCCAGCGCAAGCUUGAGCCUCUUUAAAUCUUAUUUUUUUUCUUUUUUAAACCGAUUCCUUUGCUUUUCAUUGGCGGCCACGAAAAGACGAAAUGGUUGUAGCCAGGUUCACUAACACUCAUGGUAGUGGCGACCAUUGUUGAUCAAGUCAUAGCGUUGGGUGUCCUUGUCAAUCCGCAAUGUGCAAAAGAGGAAUGUGGGGAGCUGGACUUUUUAGGUUUUAUAUUGUUUGCGCGGUCCCGAAAGACAUUUCACGUGUACAAAGUAUUUAUGCACAACAGCUGCUUUUACAUGUUUUUUUUUUUUUACACAUACAUAUAUAUAUAUAUAUACACACAAAAAAGAAGAUUGUUGCAUGAGCAAAGCGGAUUGACUUGAUAUGUCAAUACCACAAGACUUGUCGUCAGUACCACAACAAGUCUUUUUGUGUGUGUGUGUGUGUGUGUGUCGCGUUUUGCAAGGAAAAGACACUUUCAUGGGCUGGGCCCGACACGUGACACUCACAAGUACACGACCGCUCGUCCGCUUGGGGGAAAAAAAAACGUCGCUUGUGGUGGGGUCUGCCAUAUGAACACUGCUGUGCAAUCUGUGCUACAUGAAUGUUUCUGUUUCUUCUUGCUUCUGCUUCUUCUUGUGUGUUUGUUAACACCACAAACGUGUAAAAACGAGAAAAGAACAAAUAAUUACACUCCUGUCAUCGUCAUGGAAACAAGAUGUUACAAUAAUGCAAUAGAGCUGAUACUUAUUCUUUAGCCUUUCAAUAAAUAAUUGGUGUUUACCACUA